CUGAAGAGAGAAGAAAGAAGAGUAGAACUGAAUAGUGCUUAUGAUCCUGAGUCAUGACUGAGCAAGCAGUGAUGUUCAGAGAUGUGGCUGUAGACUUCUCACAGGAGGAGUGGGAAUUUCAGGACUUGAAGCAGAGGAACUUGUACAGAGAUGUGAUGUUGGAGAACUACAGCCACUUGGUCUCAUUGGGACUCUCUCUUUCUAAACCAACUUUGAUUUCCUUUUUGGAACAAGAUAAUGAGCCUUGGAUUGUUGAGAAAGAGUCACCAAAAAGCCUAUACCCAGAUGUGAAAUCCCAAUGUGCAACAAAGGAGUUAUCAUCAAAGGAUGACAAUUAUGAAAUGAAGUUAUCUCAAAGGAAGAAAAUGGAAAGACUUACAAGCCAUGACUUUGGAUGUUCCAUUUUUCAAGAUGAUUGGAAGUAUAAUCAUCAUUUUCAGACAGAACAGAGAAAUCAAGAAGAAUAUCUUAAAGCUGUGACAGUCACCCAUGAAAAUAUGCAAAGUCUCAGUCAACGAAUAUCCUAUAGUCUACAUCAGAUAUAUCAUACUGGGCAAAAACCCUAUGAAUGCAGAGAAUGUGGGAAAGUCUUCAAUUACCACUCGCUGCUAAUUCACCAUGGGAGAAAUCACACCAAAGAAAAAUGCUAUGAAUGUAAGGAUUGUGGAAAGGCUUUUAGCAGUUGCUCAAAAUUUACUGGACAUCAGAGAAUUCAUAAUGGAGAAAAACUCUAUGAAUGUAAUGAGUGUGGGAAAGCUUUCCACCACCCCUCAAAUCUCAUUCGACAUCAGAGAAUUCAUAGUGGAGAAAGACCCUAUGAAUGUAAAGAAUGUGGAAAGGCUUUUAGUCGUGGCUCACACCUUACUCUACACCAGAGAAUUCAUACUGGAAAACCCUAUGAAUGCAAAGAAUGUAGAAAAGCUUUCAGUUACCACUCAUCCCUCAUUCGACAUGAAAAAACACAUACUAAAGAAAAACACUAUGAAUGUAAAGAAUGUGGGAAGGCUUUUAGCAACAGCUCAGUUCUUACGGGACAUCAGAGAUUUCACAGUGGAGAAAGACCCUAUGAAUGUGGGGAAUGUGGGAAAGCCUUCCAUCACCACUCAAUCCUUAUUCAACAUCAGAGAAUUCACACUGGAGAAAGACCCUAUGAAUGUAACAAUUGUAAUAAAGCCUUCCAUUAUCAUUCAGAUCUUACCGGACAUCAAAAAAUUCAUUCCAGAGCAAAACUCUUUGAGUGUAAGGAAUGUAGACAGUCCUUUAGUCAUAACAGAGAACUUUCACACCAUCAACGAAUUCAUACUGGUGAAAAACUUUAUGAAUGUAAGGAAUGUGGCAAAUCUUUUGGUCAAGGAGCACAACUUAUUCAUCAUCAGAUAAUUCACACUGGUGAGAAACCCUAUGAAUGUAAGGAGUGUGGGAAGGCCUUUAUCCGUGGUUUGUCACCCUCUCAACAUCAGAAGAUUCAUACUGGGGAAAAAUCUUAUGAAUGUGCUGAAUUUGGAAAGAUCUUCACCCAGAAGUCACAGCUCAGGGUACAUCUGAAAGUUCAUACAGGAGAAAAACUUUAUGUGUGCAUCGACUGUGGGAAGGCUUUUGUAAAGAAGCCAGAAUUCAUUACACAUCAGAGAACCCAUACUAGAGAGAAGCCCUAUAAAUGCAGUGAAUGUGGAAAAGCUUUUUUCCAAGUAUCUUCUCUCUUAAGGCACCAGAGAAUUCAUACUGGAGAAAAACUUUAUGAAUGCAGUGAAUGUGGAAAAGGAUUCUCUUAUAACUCCGAUCUCAGUAUACAUCAAAAAAUUCAUACUGGAGAGAGACACCAUGAAUGCAGUGAUUGUGGCAAAGCAUUUACACAAAAGUCCACACUCAAGAUGCAUCAGAAGAUUCAUACAGGUGAGCGAUCCUAUAUAUGUAUUGAAUGUGGACAGGCCUUCAUCCAGAAGACACACUUGAUUGCACAUCGAAGAAUUCAUACUGGAGAAAAACCAUAUGAAUGCAAUAACUGUGGGAAGUCCUUCAUUUCUAAGUCACAACUCCAGGUACAUCAGCGAAUUCACACAAGAAUGAAACCCUUUGUAUAUACUGAAUAUGGGAAGAUGUUUAACAAUAGUUCCAACCUCAUUACACAUAAGAAAGUUCAAAUUAGAGAGAAAUCUUCCAUAUGUACUGAAUGUGGUAAGGCCUUUACAUACAGGUCAGAACUGAUUAUACAUCAGAGAAUUCACACUGGGGAAAAACCUUAUGAAUGCAGUGAUUGUGGAAAAGCCUUUACUCAGAAGUCAGCACUCACAGUGCACCAGAGAAUUCAUACAGGAGAAAAAUCAUAUGUGUGCAUGAAAUGUGGACUAGCCUUCAUCCAGAAGGCUCACUUGAUUGCCCAUCAAAUAAUUCACACAGGAGAGAAACCUUAUAAAUGUGGCCACUGUGGGAAAUCCUUUACUUCCAAGUCACAACUCCAUGUACAUAAACGAAUUCACACAGGAGAGAAACCUUAUAUGUGCACUAAAUGUGGGAAGGCAUUCACCAACAGGUCAAAUCUUAUUACACAUCAGAAAACUCAUACAGGAGAGAAAUCCUAUAUAUGUCCCAAAUGUGGAAAGGCGUUCACGCAAAGGUCAGAUUUGAUUACGCAUCAGAGAAUUCAUACUGGAGAGAAACCUUACGAAUGUGGUACCUGUGGAAAAGCCUUUACCCAAAAGUCACAUCUCAAUAUACACCAGAAAAUUCAUACUGGAGAAAGACAGUAUGAAUGCCAUGAAUGUGGGAAAGCCUUUAACCAGAAGUCAAUACUCAUUGUGCAUCAGAAAAUUCAUACAGGAGAGAAACCUUAUGUAUGCAGUGAAUGUGGAAGAGCUUUCAUCCGGAAAUCAAACUUCAUUACUCAUCAGAGAAUUCAUACUGGAGAGAAACCUUAUGAAUGCAGUGAUUGUGGGAAAUCCUUCACCUCCAAAUCUCAGCUCCUCGUGCAUCAGCCAAUUCACACAGGAGAAAAACCAUAUGUGUGCGGUGUGUGUGGGAAAGCCUUUAGUGGCAGGUCAAAUCUCAGUAAACACCAGAAAACUCAUACUGGAGAAAAGCCCUACAUCUGUUCUGAAUGUGGGAAGACCUUCAGACAGAAGUCAGAGUUGAUUAUACACCAUAGAAUUCACACUGGAGAGAAACCUUAUGAAUGCAAUGACUGUGGCAAAUCUUUCACUAAGAAAUCACAACUCCAAGUGCAUCAGCGAAUUCACACAGGAGAAAAGCCUUAUGUAUGUGCUGAGUGUGGGAAGGCUUUCACAGAUAGGUCAAAUUUGAAUAAACACCAGACAACACACACUGGAGACAAACCUUAUAAGUGUGUAGUCUGUGGGAAAGGCUUCGUCCAGAAAUCUGUGCUCAAUGUCCAUCAGAGUAUUCACACUUGAGAGGAAUGGUAUGAGAAAACCUCAGUGAGAUCAGGUCUGAUUUUACAUCAUUGAAUUUGUGCAGAAAAAUAUACAUAUUAUCAUAAGUAGAAAUACCCCAUCAAAAUGUCACACAUUACUGUACAGAAGAGGGCCUUGAGUGAAGGGGGCCCUUCCCACAUUGUCACUACCUUCAUUAAGCCUUGAGGCAUUCAUACUGGAAGAAAAAAUUUUGUCAAUUUGACAGAUUAGAAGAAGGCUUCUCACGAAAAAUAUGAUGGAACAGGGACGCCUGGGUGGUUCUGUCGGUUGAGCAUCCAGUUCUUGAUCUCGGCUUAGUACUUGAUCUCAUGGUUGUGAGUUUGAGCCCUGCAUUGGGCUCCAAACUGGACAUGGAGCCUACUUAAAAAAAAAACAAAAACAAAGACAACAUACAUAUAUAUAUAUAUUUAUAUAUAUGUAUGUAUGUAUGAUGGAACAUUGUUACCAAAUUCUGCAUAGGAAAGCUUAUAUUAUGUCGUGUUAAUGAUAAUCCUGUUUAGUUUGGAAUAGGUAAAGUGCCAACAAGUUGAAUGGUAGAACAACAUAAUAUAUACGAUAGUGACAAACCCUAAGUUCUGUGAGAUGUUUGCUGCAGAACACAUUGUCUGACAGUUUUAGGUGUUUUUUCAUACUUCUCUUGAAUCUAACAUGGUUGUGUGUAUCCAACCCCCAUUGAGUAUUUCUGUCAAGAAAGAGAUAACUCAGUAAAAAAGUUCUUUAUCUAUACAGACACAAACCUCAGAGUGUAUGUUGACCCAUUAUCCUCUAGCAUCAUGACUUGUAACCCGCCUUUAUCAUCUACUAGUAAAGUGUCUUUGACCCUCAUGAGUCCCUAGCACAUUGUCCUCUGACACCCAUAAGUGCAUUAGUGCUAAACACUGUGUCUGCUGACUGCCAUUAUCUCAUUUAGCUCCCAGCCUAGUGUUUUAUGAACUUCUACUACCCUCAGGAAAGUUUCUGAGGUAAGAAUUUUCAGGUCAUUUUGGUCAACUUUUCAUCCAGUCUCCCUUUUGCUGUCAUAGUUCUUCCAGCUCAUUUGCCUUCCUUAAUGACCUGACAUUUAUAAUAAUAACAAAUCAGUAACUCAUAUUUAAGAAACCUCAACAUUUGUUCAUGUCUUCUCUGUGUCCAUCUUCAUGCCAUGGGCUCCACAAGCACCCCUCCCCAUGUGCCUCACACACAUCAGUUCAGGUCCUGUCUCAAGGCUUUUGCACUCUCUUUGAAGAACAAAGUUCCUCGUAUCUGUGUGGUUAGCUCCUUCAUGUCUUCCAGUGGCACCUUUUCACAGAGGCCCCUGUGCUUUCCUGCCUGGUUUGAAAUUUUGGCCCCCUCCCCUCUAUCCUUUAUCCUUCUCUGUAGCACUUACUGCCAUGGUACCCUGUAUAUUUUACUUACUUGUCUAUGGCUCCCACACUAGAAUGUUUUUCCCUGUUUUGUUCACCACUGUGAGCCUUGACCUGUGCCUGACAAUAACAAGCAUUCCAUAAAUGCACAUUGUGGAGUGUUGACCCUGUUCAUCACAACUUCCCUUUGAUCUUUUCUAUAUUGCAGCUGAAGAUGCUCCAAUGGGGAGAACAAACUUGCCUAAAACACCAAGCUUUUUCAUCUCUAGUUUUUACCUGGGCUGUGCCUCCUUCCUGGCCCUAAAGCUGAAAUAUCACCAUAAAACUUUUGGUCUCAUGCCAGCCACUUGAAAGAAGGGAAAACUGAUACAGUGGAAAUCCCACACAGAUGCUUGGUGUUCCAGGAUUUCUUACCAUGAUUCAGAAAUACCACAGUGAGCUCCAAAAUCAUUGCAGAAUAGCCUGCUCACUUUGCCCUAGCAUGCACAACCUUACCCCACCCCAGACCCUUACCUAUAGACCCACUCCUUAUGCUCUGACAGGCCCAAAGCUAAUAGUAUGAAGGGGCUAAGAGCAAACAGGGCAGACCUUCUUUGGAAGUUAGGUGUCUGACCCAAGACUGGCAGCAGUGGCCUCUGAUUGAACACUUAGCUGCUGGGCAGCCAAAUUGGAACCAGCAGAAUGGUUCCUCCAGGUCAGUCCACUGGUAACAACUGGGAAUGGGAAGUAGUGGGGUUGUGCAGAGAUGGCUCUUGCCUUUGUGAACAACAGCAUAGUGGUUGAGGAUUGGGACAGAACCUGGUCAAGGGGGCAAGCCUGGGAAUUGCGCCUUUACCCUCUUCAGAUUUUGUGACACAUCCCAUUACUCCACCUUAGAUCAGUGCCUGAUUCAUCUUUAGCUCCCUUUCACCUCACCCUUUCCCAGUAUCUGAUGAUCUACCAUAUGCCUUCUUCUAUCUUUGAACAAUGUAUGGUGGGCAACCCACUGUUAACCCUCUUUACUUCAUCCAGUACUGUAUCUGGGGCUUCUCUAAAUGUCUUGCAACCCAGAAUUCUGCCCCAACUUAGGACAGUGUUUGCUGACCCCUCAAGAGAGUGUCUUGAGACCCCCUUAUCCUACCCCAGCACAGUAUCUAGAUCCCCAUUAUCCCUCUUUUACUCCACUACUGUGUGUUUAUCACUCCUCCUUAAUUCCAGGAAAUAGUGUCUGGAGAUUUUCUCAUUACCUCCUCCACAAUUACUUCUAGCAUAACAUCUGUUACUUCACUUGUGACAAUGUCUAGUAACCUCCAUACUCCUCAUUUAUUCCUACUUUCAUGUAAGUAGUGACAGAUGACCACUUACUGCAGUCCUCAGAAUAGGGAGCUGUGAUAUACUGCCCCCCCACCCAACUAUUAAUAAUAUCUUCCUUUUUUUUUAAGAUUUUUAUUUAUUUACUUGACAGAGAGAGAG